AUGGUCGUUGCGUUUCUGGUCGCGUGUGUUUCCGCGUUUUUGUUCCCCGCGCAGGUUGCGUCCAUUACUGUUGAUAAUGAGACCAAUAUGUUUUUGGACAGCCAGGGUAGGCAGCGCUUGUGGCAUGGCAUCAACAUCGUCAACAAAGUAGCUCCGUUUCAUCCGUCGCUGGACGUUUUCGCACCUGGCCAAUCGGUGACAGACGAUGACAUUAAGGUGCUGCUGUCCAUGGGCGCAUCAGUUGUCCGCCUGGGAAUCAUGAUGAGCGGUAUGUUCCCCGACGGGCCAGUGCUGAAUAAAACCUACUUGGAGUACUCCAUGCGCGUUGCCGACAAGCUUCACGAGAACGGUAUCGGCACCCUCAUCGACCUCCACCAGGACGUGCUGGCUGCGAAGGUAUGUGGCGAGGGCACGCCUGACUGGAUGCUCAACGUCUCUUCUUUGAACGCAAUGCCUCUCCCGAGGCCGGCGUCGUACGCAGCUGUCGAGAUCGACCCAGCGACUGGUCAUCCGAAAUCAUGUCAGCCGCUGGGGCCUUUGAAGGCUAUCGGCUGGUCGGAGUGGUACACGACGGACCAGUGCGGCAAGGCAUUCGCCCAGCUCUACGGGCUCGACAGUCCCAUGUCGAAGACGUUCGAGGCGUACUGGCACGCCGUCGCUCUGCAGUUCAAGGGCCACCCGGGAGUCGUCGGGUACGAGCUGCUGAACGAGCCGUGGGUCGGGGACCACGUCGGCAGCCCAUCGCUUCUUCUCGAGGCGGGUCGCGCCGAGCAGGGACUCCUGAAGGAUUACAUGCAGCGCAUGCACGACGUCAUCCGGGGCGUGGACAAGGACGCGGGGUGCUGGCCGAUCCUCUACGCACCUGCCGAAGUCAACAACCGGCUCAUGCGGAGAGUCGGAUACGAGAGGGGCUUCCUGCCUGGGGCUGGCAUGGCUUACCACGUGUACUGCGUGGUUGGCACCGAUGGCCCUGGGCCGACCACCCCGACCCAGAUCAAGCUCUGCAACUACAACGACAAGAGCCAGAUGAAGCAGCGGCAGGAGGACUUCGGAUUGACCUGGCUCGCCUGGGGACCGCGGGCUUCGUCACCGAGUUUGGCGCGGUGGACCCCGUGGCGACGGGCCUCGCGGAGAUGA